UCCUUUUUAUCGCCUCCGUUUGCAGCGAUUCGCCGUUCUAUUAAAACUUCAUUAUGCAAUGCAUCGGAAAUUUACACGUGUGGAACGUAUGCCCUUACCCCUUCCCAAAACUUUACGCAGGUGUUCUCGAGGCUAGGCGUGAGGCCAAAUUUUGUCAUUGAAAAAGGCCCGCCGAUAUUACGACCUUCCUUUUUUCCACCCCCAGCUUCUGUAAAGCUUCCCCUCUCUUUUCUUGCUCGUCUAAAGCUGAACAAAUAACCGUUCCCUAAUCCUCACGCUUCCGCGUAUACUUCAACUUUCUUUGGCCACCACCUCCGUUGACCACUAACCAGAGAGAGAGAGAUAAUCAGAGAUGUACCAACAAUCCAAUCUCUCCUUCAGUUCAAUAACUAGCGAUGAACGUCGAUGGCUUGAUGCCGUCACGAUUCUCCAAGAUUCCAAUACAACAGAACUUGCAAACACGAAUCCCAUUCUUUCAAAUUACACCACAUCUCAUUCAUCCUCGAGCCGCAGCUCUACCACUAUUACAACAUCUACUUCCACAUUCCCCCGCCACAAGAAUAACAAACGUCAUCACUACCAACGUUCUACAAAGUCUAGCAGCGCAAAAGUCGUUAACCGCAUGUCAGGUUCCUUCACCAGGCGGCAUUCGCGUUCUAACCUUAGUUCUAUCCUGGCCCCUUCGGUAUCAUCUAUAUGUUCCUCUCCGCAAGCAACCUCACUCGAGAGUCCUCCGCUUACCAUGAGCUCCUCCCUUCCACCUCAUCGUCUUAACAAACGCACAGCCUCUUAUUCGUCUACUCACAACGGCUCUCCGGGUUCCGAAUGGAUAUAUCGUCGUCCCAAAUCACCAUCUGCUUCUUCCCCUCCGCGUCCUUCCGCUAUCAAAUAUGCUCGCCGUACCGUGUCUGAUUCUACUGCAAGUGCCAGCACCCCCUCCCCUGCCUCAACCGCAGAAAGCAGUCGAUGCGUCACGCCUACUUCGACCACGUACCGAUCCGGUCUAGCAGCCAGCUAUUUCCCAGAUGUUUCCACUAGUUGUCUGAACGCUAGCUCGUCGAACCUUCCAGCACAUCUCAUCAACGGCAACCGAGAUACCAAUGUCAACAACGGCAGUGGUAGUAGUAUUGGAAGUAUCGGGAGUAUCGGAGUCAUGAUCCCUUCGUCUUUAGGUUUAAACUCUUCCGCGUCCAGUCUCACUCGCCAACCAUCGUCAAGGAGGUCGAAAGCUUCUUCGACAAGUGGUAAGACGGGUGCUUUCUGGAAUUCAAUACUUCACCCACGGUCUGGACCUAAUUCAGUCUCUGAGAAUGCGUCGACCCCAAAUUCUCCUCCAGGUUCUAGAAUAGCCCGUUUAUCGUUGGGUAGAGCGAAGAACAAACAAGAACAGCAACCGCCGCCGUCAAGUCCUCUUGCCGUUCAUACCGCCACUGCUAUUCCCUCGAUCUGGUCGGGAGCCAUUUUAGAGAGCGCAAAUGGAACGAGUCCUAAACGGCGAAAAGCGCGAGGAAGCUUGAAAGAGUUGGGUAUCUCCCGUAUCCCAGUGUCCAGUCGCAUUACGGGCAAUAGAUCUCCCACCUCACCUACGUUCUCGUCGCCACCAAUAUACAAUACUCCUGUGAAGAGAAGAACGAGCCAUGGUCGUUCUGGAUCAUUUUCCUCUACAACAUCUUCCUCCACUUCUUCUGCCGCAUUCUCGAACUCGGUCUCCUCAAUUUCAUCGUCGACGCCCUCUUCGCCGUUGACACCUUCAACACCCGUAUCGCCUACUUUUGGCGGGUUCGCCAAAACAAAGAAAUUCCAGCCCAAAUUCGAACCACACCAUCGAGCUAUCGUCGAAGUUGUUGAAGAUGACGAUUCAUCUCACAUGGAUGUUCAAAGGCGGAAAUCACCCUCUCCCACGAAAUCAAUAUUGGCCUCCCGUAUACCCUACUCUGAAUCUUCCUCCGAACUAAUAAACUCUUCGUCCAAGUUUGACUCUGGUGUCGACCUGGGUCUGGACGACAGUCUACGACGAACGACCAAGCGAAAGGACAGCGUGAGUACAACAGUCAGCAGCAACAAAUCUGUGAAAUUUGUUGAAAAACCCACGGUGCACUACGCUAGUGCGAUAUACGAAUCAUGGGAUGGGACUACAGGUUCCGGUCCGUUUGAAUAUAACAACAUGGGGAUCGAUCUGUCGGAAAUGGAUAUGGACACGAACGAGGACAACGAGGGAGACGGAUAUAUGAGUGAAGAGACUGCAGAGCAGACUGCCUUCAUUCAUUCACAUCCCUACGCAGCUAGCGAUCUUAACCUCGCAGGAGACACGGCUCCCGCUGCUAUCACUGCCGCAGACGAGGUCAAGCUCAAUGUCACCACGCGUUUUGUAGAAGAUUUUCAUAACACCCGUUCAACUACCAAUGCUCGCGCACUGCGCGCGCAGGAACGAGAAGACACUUGUGUCACACCAACCCCAGAUCGAGGCAGGGAACGAACCUCGAGUGGCAGUACUGGUACUGGCACGCUCCGAAGCUUUGUUUCGUUAAAACGAAAAGGUUCUUCGGCUUCAAGCACGACUAGUUCGGCUGUGAAGCGCGCUCCGUCGAUCUCUUCUCAUGAGCUUAGGUCGACCAUUCCUCGUCCAACGAUAUCUGGUCCUUACGCGCUAGGGACCUUGCCGCCGCCUCAUCUUGAAUCCGAGCUCCCGGUGACAAGCUUGGAGAGUGUAGCUGAAGUUAAUGAGAAAAGGCGUGAGAUCGGAUUGAGGAGUGCCGGAUUGAGGAGCGCUCCUUCGCUAGAGAGUUUCAAGAGUGUGAAGAGUGGAAAGAGUAUGAGGAGUUUGAAGAGUUUGCCGGAGAGUGUGAAGAGUAAUAUCAGUCUUCGGGCGAAAGGGAUGCGGGACUGGUUCAAGGGCAGGGUGACCGUCGGCGCGAUGUAAUCUGUUUAUCUCGGGUUAAGCUUGACGAGAUUUCUUGGAAAAAAAGGAUACCCACUAGCGAUCAAUAUGGAUGGAUGGGAUGGAUUUUGAUUCUUUUUGGGAAACCUACACACAUUAAAUUAUCAUUCAAAGUAACAU